UCCAUCUAUUCCACAAAGAGAGAGCGUAACACAGGUAUCAUCUCGGCGCAAAAAGAUAUGCCCAUAUAGCCAUCAUGUCUGCCCACUCGCCCCAGUACAUCCACGGCUUCUCCCCCAUCGCCUCUUCCAACCCAUCCCCCACCUCCCCCCACUCGUACACCUGCUCUCCUAUCGAACCCGGCACCCUCUCCUUCCCCAAAGUGCCCAUACCCACGUCGACGACCGUGUCAACAGAUUCCGAGGCGGGCGCGUUUUCUUCAGACUGGCACAGCCCUUGCCCUGGCGAGAAUGCAGCUGGCAGGAGCGAUGCACAGAGCCCAAGCCUGAUCAGUACGCUCUUCUCGACGGGGAGGUCCAGGCAAACGUCUUCGACGGCAUCGACAUCCGGCUGGCCUACGCCCAUUACGCCUUCUACGACCGGCGGCGUUUUCAGCGCCUCGGAAAAACCCACUAAACCCAUCUUGCGACGAGAUACCUUCUCCACGAGCGGCGAGGAGGGCGCGCGAGACUUUUUCCAGGGGUUUGAUCUGAGUGUGCCGCCGAAAGUGUUGGAAGAAGGGCACGAGGGCGCGGGGAGGGUGGUGAAAAAAAGACCGUCGGUGCUCAAAUUCGCCGUCAAGCCGUAUCUCCCUCCCUCGCCGACUUCGAAAAGCCCCUAUGCCCCAUCAUCACCGCGCUCUAGAUCACGCUCGACAUCGACCUCUUUUUCGGGUCUUUCUUCCGGCGGCCAGGCGUAUGGCGGACGGUCCCCUGCGCCUCCUCGCGUUUUGGGCUCCGCCUUUGACGACGAGUACGAUGAAGACGACGAUCAGGACGAAGACGAGGAGGAGGAUGAAGAUGAGGAAGAGGAAGAGUUUGUCGAGUCACCGAUAGCCAUCCCGGGGCACGAAUCCGACUCUGACGAAGGGUACGUCGAAGACGAAGAAGACGGCUUCACCUCCGACGAAGAAGAUCCCAGCACGAAUACCUUUACCCUCUUUCCCAAGUUUUCCAAUCGCCCCACGCCUUUUGCCCAGCCGACAGCAUCCAGCUCGGGUCACGCGCAUACUUCAUCACAAUCUACUUUUCAAGGCAACUCUACCCCCCGCCGACGCGGUCGCACUUUGCCCCCUUGUCCGCCGAGUACGGACGACUGCGACAAUGCCGACGUUUCUGCUCCGUUUGCGGGGAGAAAGAAGCGUUCAAUAUCGAUCGUCACCGACAAACCAUCCACCGCGCGGUGUACGAGACAUCGAUCACCUCCCCCUCCUUCGUCCACCACAGCCGCAACAAGAGAAGGCGGCGGCCUGCAAAAAGCGCCGCCCGCUGCUAGAUCACCCUCUGCCGCCGAACUCUGUAGGCGAAGAGGCAGCAAUGCCGCGCCCAUGUCCGCUGCUCCUUACCCCGGUGGCUCGCCCUCGAAAAUACGACUGCCCCAACCGCAGAUCCAGACGAAAGGCUGGAAAUCCGACGACUCGGCGUUUUAUCCUUGUCGAAAAGAACCGCAAUCGGCGAGUGUCAUCGAGACGAGGAGGGAGCAGUUUCCUUCGCCUCCUCCGUCUUCUUUUGCUUUGCCUUUUGCGUCUGGGGCGGCGGCGUCGAGAAGAGGUUCGGGGUCUGUUUCGGGUACGGCAAUGGGCGUGGGUUCGAGUACGUCCACGGGUUUGGGUAUAGUCAACAACAAACGACCUUCAUUACCUCCUUCCACCACCGCCCCCGCCGUCCCACGCCUCUCCACCACCACCAUCUCCACAUCCACAGCACCCCCGCGCAAAGCGAGCUUGCCGUUACCGAGCGGUGGUAUCCUCCGCAGCGCAUCCGACUUUGCCCAACGUUCACCCAUCCCUGCCUCUUCAUCAUCCACGUAUACAGGGAUAGGGACAGGGCCAGGGACGACGUCCAUCCUCUCCCCCUCGUCGACUUCCACCGUCCACCCGCAUUUCAACGACAUGCAGCCCCACGCGUCGGGGCAUGGGAGGGAGAGAGCUAUCACGAUCAGUAUCGGAUCUGGACCCAAAGACGGGCCGGGCGGGUCGGACGGGGCGGGUGGGGUAAGGAUGUCGAGAGGAGAAGGACUGUCGAGGAGUUUUGAUGGAGGGUUCAUGGGUGAGAUGGAUGUUGAGCGGGAGAUUGCGCUUGCGCUUCAAGAACCGGCGCAUCCGGCGCAUUCGACGCAUUCGAGACCUUUGGACAGGGGGAUAGGACAAGAGAGGGCGUUGGGCGAGUUGGAUGAGAGGAUGGAGGUUGUGCAAUUCUGAGAAUUGCAUGUUUUUUGAUGAAACGAGCUAUCGCGAGGGUGUGAGAGUUGCGAUCGAGGGAUAUCCGGAUAUGCGAGUAAGUUUCUCCCCUUCGUAACGUCUAACGGACAUUGCUCAUUUCGGCGCAGUCAGGAUCUGAAUACUACCAUGUUGCGAUUUUAAUUAUUAACGAGUUACGAGUUCACGCGAGAGAUACAGACAUACAGAAGAUAGUCGUUGGCGCCUGGGAGAUUCAAGGCUUGCCUCGAAGGGGUGGUUAUUAGCAGAUAGUCAUCAGUCAUGCAUGGUACCCUCUGCAUCUUGAAA